AUGAACGCGAACCCAGUGGUCUUCGAGAGGAGGGAGGAGGAGGGAAGACAGAAGAAGUCGCUCGAGGAGGAGGAAGAGGAUGUCAUAGACGCCCAGGACGCAGCAGAGAUCUUUGAUCUGAUCAGAGACAUCAAGGACCCUGAGCAUGAAGACCUAACACUGGAGCAGCUCAAUGUGCUGCAGGAGGGGAACGUGACGAUGGAUGAGGAGAAGGGAUACGUACACGUCUACUUCACACCCACAGUUCCCCACUGCUCUGCAUCUACGCUGAUUGGACUAUGCAUUAGAUUGAAGCUGAUGCAAAGCCUGCCGCCCCGAUACAAGAUUGACGUGAAGAUCACGCCUGGAACUCAUUUGCAAGAGCAACAAGUUAAUAAGCAGCUUGCGGACAAAGAGCGAGUUGCAGCUGCUCUGGAGAACAAGAGUUUGUUGGACGUGGUGCACAAAUGUCUGAUGGAAGGGAAUCGCAUCAGCUGA